AUGGCUGCUGGAGCUGCUGCAGUCGUUGCAGCUGCUGCAGUGGGGUGUGCGUACACUUGGGCGGAGCGGGGUACACGCAGCAGCAGCAGCAGCAGCAGCAGCUGCUGCUACCUGUACCCGCAGCUGCUGCUGCAGCACAGUGCUGCUGCUGCAGCUGGCGCUGCAGCAGCAGCAGUUGCAGCAGCAGCAGCAGCAGCAGCAGCAGCAGCAGCAGCAGCAGACUGCCCGAGCUUACGGGGUGCGUUUUCUCGCUGCUGUUUCGCGUCCGCAGCAGCCCCGCGCGGCGUCGCGCAGCUGGCGCGGCUCCCUCUCCCUCUCCCUCAGCAGCAGCAGCAGCAGCAGCAGCAGCAGCAGCAGCAGGAGAAGAUGUCUGCUGCAGGUAGCCCUGGCGGUCGUGGGGGCGGGAGCGUGGGCCUGGCAGCAGCAAAUCCCUACAAGGCCUUUUACGGAAUGGUGCGGACGAAGCCAGUGGCCGUGCUGCGGCAGGCGCUGCUGCAGCAGCUAGCAGCACACCUGCAGCAGCUGCAGCAGCAGCACCCGCUGCCCGGGGGCGCCGACGCCGCGCAGCACCUGCAGCAGCUGCAGCAGCUGCAGCAGCAGCAGGCCCGCCGCUGCCUCGCGGACGGCCCCGGCAGCGCCACAGCACUCUUCGAAGCAGCGCAGCGCAGCAGCGACGCAGAAGCUCUCGAAGUUUCCAAAAUGUUAAUUGAAGAGUUCGGAGUUGCGGAGCCACAAGCCACUGACCGCAUGCAGCAAACCUGCCUCUUCUAUGCGGCCAGGGAGGGACACGCAGAACUCUGCAGGUACCUGCUGGGUCGAGGGCUGGACCCGAACCUGCGGGACAGUGUGGGGCAGACCUGUCUCUUUUACGCAGCACGGGAGGGCCGCACUGGCAGCUUGUCAGUGCUGCUGCAGUGCGGCGGAGACCCAAAUAUAAUAGACAUAAAUAAACAAACAGCUUUGUUUUAUGCUGCCAGAGACAACAGACUCGAAGCAGUUUUGCUGCUGCUGCAGGCGGGAUCCGAUCCCAGCCUCAAGGACUGUCUCCGCCGCACGGCCUGGCACUUCGCCAGAAGCAACGGCCACCACCAGGUCUGCGCGGUCCUCAAGGCUGCUGCUGCUGCCUUCCGCCCCCACCAGCAGCAGCAGCAGCUGCUGCUGCAGCAGCAGCAGCAGCAGCAGCAGGAGCUGCUGCAGCAGCAGCAGCUGCAGCUGCCGCCCCCCGCCGACUUCCAGCACCACCCGCACCAGCAGCAGCUCGUCCACCCGCCGCAGGGCCCCGGCCCCAGCACCAGCAGCAGCAGCAGCAGCAGCAGCAGCAGCAGCAGCAGCAGCAGCAGCAGUUUGUGCAGCGCGGCGAACGGCGAGCAGCAGCAGCGCAAGAAGUUCCGGCUGCAGUACCAGCCCCUCCCGGACUUCCCCGAAGUUUGGCUCGACGCGCCUUACGAGAAGAUCGAAGAGUUCGAGCGCCUCUACCCCUCCCUCGCCGUCUGGCCCCCCGCUGCAGCAGCAGCAGCAGCAGCAGCAGCAGCAGCAGCAGCAGCAGCAGCAG